AUGCCACUUCCAGAUGCGGAUACAGAAGUCAGGGCUUCUAGCGAAGCUGCCGAAAUCUUUGUCAACAACUAUUACCAGGCAAUAAACAGCAAAGCUAAGCUUGAAACAUUUUAUAUCAACUCAUCGACUCGCUAUUCGAUCCCAGCCGACAUCUCCAUCAACGGCUCUGUUGUUCCCACACCAGCAGAGUAUUCUAAGCUCCUCGAAUCCCAAGGUGAGAAUGUGCUUUACGAGAUAGAGUCUCUCGAUACACACAUCAUCAACCCGUCAUUCCAAUACGGAGCUCCUGAUACCGUCUACGAGAGCGAAAAGAAUGAGAAGAGCGGGCGGCGUAUGAGCAUUGUGGUCACGACGAUGGGCAAGGUCCGGUUCGGCAAGGGACGCGAAGCACCACAGAAAAUGUUCAACGAGACCUUUGUGCUGGUGCCCAACUGGGACGCCAUGGCGAGGAAUCCCGCUCGAGGUCUUAAGAGAUGGCUCAUCAUGUCACAAAACUUCCGCGCUCUGUGA